AUGCAUUCAGUGAAGGGCAGUCGAGUGACAAAGCCCAAAGUGAAAAAGGCGCGACGCGUCUCAGGUACCCGCACCCGAAUUGCACCUGGGCGAUCGCCAAACAACGAACCACUCCCACUGGUCGAAAGAACCAACGCACUAUCAAUUGAAGAGUUCAAAUCUCAGUACGCUCCAAGUGAUGAAAAGUCCAACAGCGAAGACACCGCCGUAGACAUCUACUCCGCAGCCACGAUCUCCACCUCAGACCUAGAAGCAUGUCUAGAUCUAGUGGAGCAGACGUCCGGCGAAGCGUACUCAGCCUCCAGCUCCGGGUGGUCGCGUCCGAAGAAGCGCAAGGAGAUGAAAUUGCCCGAUAUGAAGUAUUUGAUUGUGCGGGGCACAUCUGCCGACGAGCCGUCGGGUCGGGAGGUGAGUGGGUUCUUAUCGUUUAUGGUGACCUACGAGGAUGGCAAGGAGGUUGUUUACUGUUACGAGAUCCAUCUUUCGCCGAGGGCCCGGGGGCGGGGUAUUGGGAAGAUGUUGAUGGAGCGGAUGGAGGGGGUUUGGUCGGGCUGUCGGGUUGGAGAAUCGAAUGCGGUUGCGACGAGGUUUUACGAGAGGCUUGGGUAUGGAGUUGAUGAGUACUCGCCUGGUCCACGGAGAUUGCGGAAUGGGACUGUGAAGGAUCCGGAUUACUUGAUUUUGUCAAAGGGAUUGAAAUGA